AUGGCGUACACAGAUGAUGCUGUUAAAGCUAAGCUGUCUGCCUUGAAUGAGACACAGGAAAGCAUUGUCACUGUCGCGCAAUGGGUUAUGUUUCACAGGCGACACGCCGAUCGAACCGCUCAGAUUUGGCUUCAAAAGAUCCGCGACGCUCCUCCUCUCAAACGCCUCAACCUUGUUUACUUAGCCAAUGAGGUCUCCCAACAAUCCAAGGCCCGUGGUAGAGAAGAAUUUCUGAUCGCAUUCGCACCAAUUAUCGCCGAGGCUACCGCUACAGCAUACAAGGGCUCAUCAAAUGAUAUUCAGCAAAAGCUUCGUCGGGUUGUGGAAGUAUGGAGACAGCGCAAUGUAUUCGAGGGUCCUAUUCUGGAUGCGGUGGACGCUCGCGUGAACGAAAUUGACAAGACUCGAUCAACCACCAAGAAACAGUCUCUCGGUGGCUCCCUCUUUCGCGACUCAUCAUCCGGCUCUACUCCAUCUGAACUCCAACCUCUUGUACCCCUUCAAGUUGCCGUUAAUAAAGCUACUAUCGCCGCCAAUUCAUCGAGUGCUAAAGCGACAUCCGAGUAUGACAAAAUGCAUGAUACAAAAGAGCCACAGCCCGCCCCUCCUGUGCGUGCGGCUCGUCUGAGCCAGCUUCGGAAAUCACUUGUUGCCGCAGAGAGCGUUAUGGCCGAACUUAUCAAAUCACGACAGGAUAUGAUUGAUGGACUUGAAAAGAUUCUUGGAAUGCACCGAUCUGAACAAGCAAAAGAGAUAUCCGUUGCUGAACGGCUCACAGAGAAGAGGGUCCAGACCGAUAACGAGAAGCGUGACGUUGAGGAUGCGAUUAUGCAAAACAUGACUGAGGACCACUCUCCUUCCCAUGAAUUCGCCGAGGGAGGAGAGUUUGACCGUCCUGAGGCAGAAGCCUUGACUCCCCCCCCUGUGGAAUCCAUUACUCCCGUGGGCUCUCCCAAGCCGGAGCCACAGCCUCAGCAGCAGAAAACUAGCCAUGGCCCUUUCACUGACGACCAGGAAGAGCCAAUUCCUCAGGGUUUAGUCAUUCCUGAUAUCACACAGCCGGAUAACGGACUCGCAUUCCCUGACGACCUGUCUCCUGGCGGUGGCAAUGAUUUUGAUUUCGGUGCAAAUGGGUCCAAGAGGCGCAAAGUGGCGCAUGAGGAGGAGGAUUAUGCUCAGUAUGCCGCUGGGGACCUCGAUGCAGACGUGGCGGCGUUGAUCGCCCAGCAAGCAAAGCAGUGA